CUUCAUUGAACAAGAUGACGACAUGCUGGAGGCUGCCAAAGCGUCCCUAGGCAUCUACCUGCAGCUCACCAGGCGCAGUAAAUAAUUGUUGAAGGAAUGAAAGUGCCAUGGAAGGAGGAAGAGCCACAGCAGAAGAAUGUUUCAGACGUUUAAAGAAUGGUUUUGGCUGGAAAGACUCUGGCUCCCUCCCACCAUCAAGUGGUCGGAUCUGGAGGACCAGGACGGCCUCAUCUUUGUGAAGCCCUCUCACCUGUACAUGACGAUUCCGUACGCCUUCGUCUUGCUGAUCAUCCGACAUUUCUUUGAAAAGUUUAUUGCUGCCCCUCUGGCGAGGACCUUUGGCAUUAAAGAAGGUCGGAGGAAGAUCACGCCAAACGCCGUCUUAGAGACUUUCUUCCAGAAGGGCACAAGAAAACCCUCCAAAACUGAUAUCUACAGCCUGGCCAAGAAGAGCAGCCUAACAGAGCGCCAGGUGGAGAGAUGGUUUCGGAGUCGGCGGAACCUAGAUCGGCCCUGCAGAAUGAAGAAGUUCCAGGAGGCCUGCUGGCGGUUCACGUUCUACCUCAUGAUCACCAUUGCUGGGAUUGCAUUUCUCUACGACAAACCGUGGGUGUAUGACCUAUGGGAGGUGUGGAAUGGCUACCCCCGGCAGACCUUGCUGCCCUCCCAGUACUGGUACUACAUCCUAGAGAUGAGUUUCUACUGGUCUCUCCUGUUCAGCCUGGGCACGGAUGUCAGGAGGAAGGAUUUCUUAGCGCAUGUCAUCCACCACCUCGCUGCGAUCAGCCUGAUGAGCUUCUCGUGGUGCGCGAAUUACAUCCGCAGUGGCACCCUCGUCAUGAUCGUGCACGACGUGGCUGACAUUUGGCUGGAGUCCGCAAAGAUGUUCUCCUACGCCGGCUGGAGGCAGACGUGCAACACGCUGUUCCUCAUCUUCUCCACCAUCUUCUUCAUCAGCCGCCUCGUGGUUUUCCCCUUCUGGAUCCUGCACUGCACCCUGAUCCUCCCGCUGCACUACCUCGAGCCCUUCUUCUCCUACGUCUUCCUCAACCUGCAGCUCCUGCUGCUGCAGCUCCUGCACCUCUACUGGGGCUACUUCAUCCUCAAGAUGCUCAAGCGCUGCAUCUUCAUGAAGAAUAUCCAGGAUGUGAGGAGUGAUGAUGAGGAUGAGGAUGAAGACGAGGACGAGGACGAGGAUGAGGAGGGGGAGGUGAAAGCUAUGGAAAGCAAAAAGAGAGACUGUUUGAAGAAUGGCCUAGGGGCCAGCAGACACCUCACCCCCAACGGGCAGCACGGCCGCUAGCUCUGAGCCCACCGGUGCUGGGGCCCCGAGAGCUGCCAGGACUGUCAGACGCUGGGAGUGGCCCCUCCUCCCUCCGUGUGGCCCACAGCACCCGCCGAGAACCCCGGGUCUGCCCACACCACCCCCUCCCCAGCCCACCCAGUAUGUAUUUAAUGAAAUGUUGUUCACUUGUGUUAAAAUGUUAAAUAUAAGCCUGACCGUGGGUCUGAUCGCCCUGAGCGCUCAGGCUGGUCAGAGAUGUCGGAGGCACCUUUUCCUCACUCGGGUGGCGGCCCCCUUCCUCCAGACGUGUUGGUCACAGACAGCCCGCUCAGUCUCCCCGAGGCUACCAGCAUCUUCUUCAACCCUUCCCCGCUGCCCUCCUCUCUGCAGGGAGUUCUAAUCCCUGCCUCCUCCCAGAUGCAGUGACUGGCAAGGAGGUGAGAAUGCUGGGUGGACAAGACCUGCCCCUCUCCCGGGGCUCGGGCUCUGGCUGAGAGGGCACCUGGCCCAGAAAGGUCACGUCUGGCAGGGCCUGGAGCGGCCGCAGACGAGUGUCCACCGCGGUUGCCUGUUUGCUGGGGCAGUCUCUUCCUUUCUCAAGCCCUGGGGGACCCUCCUCGCCCCUGCCUGGGAGCCGUGGCUCUCUGCGCCUCAGAGGGAGGCUCCUCACUGCUUGAGCCCCCGGGGAGGGCAUGGAGGUAACCGUCCAGCCACGGCAGCACCCGUUCCUCCUGGGGCCGGUCCAGAGGAAGCCUUGUACACAGAGGACGCUGUUUCCUCUCCACUCUACAAACGGUCACACCACGUGACCCCACCCCGGAACCACCGCCUGCAGAUCAGAACUCCCUGAGAAACACCCCCAGACUCGGGGAGGGCCCGUGGGUGCUCCUUGCCGGUCAGCAGCCGGCCUGCGCCCCCUGAGCCCAGCCUGCGGUGUGUGUGCCUCCCCAGCCCCGUCUCCCCUACUCUGGCACCUGCCCGCCUUCUCCUCAUUGCCUCAGGCCCCCUAGUGGGACACUGUCCCUGGGAGCCCGCAAGAGAGAGGGCCCUGCCGCCCCGAAGGGCACUCACUGCGUGCAAUAAAGGCGUCUGUGGGGUUAGUUUUUGCCUCUCCCUGCAGUGCUCAGGGGAGCGUGUGGGGC